CUGUCUUUGUUUUGUUUGUUUCCCGAGAAAAUGGAAAGUAAUAUUAGAAGUUUCAAGCAAAAACGUAAUUGAGAUUUCACAGCUGUCACUCUUAGCUGACUCUGUUUUCUGAUCUCUCUUAUCUUCCGGUUCCGGGAAUCAAACACGGUCGGUGUGUUGCUUUUGAAUGAGAAUUUGAUGACCGUAUGGUUCUGUUUGUUUGCACAUGAUGUCUUUUUAGGUGAUUUUGAGUAUUUGUUUGAGAUAUGAGCAAGGAGCAUCAGCCUGAGCCUCUUGAUUUCUUCAUUUGGACUGUUGAGGAUGUUGGUUUAUGGUUAGAAGAAAUAAAUCUUGGUAGCUACCGUCAAAUUUUCAAAGAAAAUGGUGUCAAUGGAGAAUAUUUGGAGGGCAUGUCCAUGUUUACAACUGAACAGAUUCUACGAUUUAUAAGGCGAUGCCACAUGAAAUGGGGAGACUUCAUCACGCUUUGUAAGGAGCUCAGGCGAAUAAAAGUGGCAUGCCUAAAAGGGGAGCAAAAAGUUCGGCGGCCAUGGUGGGCUCCGUCGUGCUUAUCACUUGUCUUCGUCAACCAUGCGAAGCGAAACAGACAGUCGCGGGUAGUUUCAUUGAAACUGGAACCAUGAUGCUGAUCUGCAUAUGUGUAUGUAUUUGUAGUUUACUUUUUGUUUAGGGGAUAAGGAAUUUAGGAAAGAACUCGACACUCUUAUUAUAAAUAUGGCAAAGUAUUGCUGGUACUUCUGCCUUGGAGAACUCUCUUUGAUAUACAAGCCCUUUGAUAUAUUUAUUUGGUUGAUUGUAUUAGUUCUGUCUAAA